UAAAUGCUGGAGGAGUUCUGGGCACUUAGCCAGUAACAACUCUCUGUUCUCACCCUUGCCCCUCCAGACUGUUCUAAUUUGGACUCAUUUAGACCAGAUGAAGAUCUAGCCGUGCCUCUGACAACGAUGACAAGAAAGCUACCUCGAAUUAUCUUUCGCAAACCCCAACCCCCUCCUCGUUUUCUUCCUUCCCACACUCCUCACCUAACCCAGUUUCCUGUCAUUCCUCCUCAGUAUGUCAGCCCUCUGACCACUCCCCACUACAACGCCUCUCUGUCUCUCUUCUGCCCUACGUGUUUCCCACCCCUGACUAAUUCCAACACCUACCACUACCCAAUCCUGAGGCUUUCCAUGCCCAACUCUUCCUCUAUGGUCUACAGACCAAGCCCUCUCCACCACCCUGUCCGCUAUGGUCCCCAUUUCCAGGACUACAACAGCUUCGCCCCCACUCCUCCCCCUAGCCCUUGCUAGGCCCCUGUGUUCUUGCCCUCACCCGCAACCCAGGCACUUCCAACCAGAGUCGAUGACUACAUCAUGCAUCCUGGAGAGAUGGUUUACCUCUUGCUGGGUUAGUUCUGGUGAUGUUCGGACUUGCCAAAUCUACUGCCAUCCAGAAUUCGCAGCAGCCCAGCCUGCUGGACAUAUGAAGUGUGUCAGGACGGCAGCCACCAUGCAGCCUGGAGUGCCCCCUCGUCAUCCUCCAAGAGGCCCUGCAUUUGUACCUUUCUUUUGGAAGAACUUGGAAUGUAACCACAGAACAGGAGGCAAGACCAGCGAGAGAGAGGCAGAGGAGAGCGAGUGGCAGACACAUCUAUGCCCCUGGAUCAGAUGCCUCUACGCCAGAAAGUGGAGGUGGCAGGGUCUCCUGGGGAAGAAACAGUCCGAUCCUCAGGACGGCUUGCAUCAGAAGGGCUGCCCCCACUGCUGUUCUGCCUGCUUGAUGGCUGUCUCACCAGCACACAAAAUCCACUUACUUAUUCAGCUAUUUGCAAUUUCUCUGGUAAUUGGGUGCCUGCCUUGGAUCCCAGUCAAGAAGGAACAGAGACCUGAGGGACAUCAGCACCCAAGGACACUGGGUGAGAACGAGAAGGCUAAGGUCACCUAUGUCUCCAUUCUCUGGUAUUUCUCAAGUCUCGGGAAGGAGUGAGAAGCUGUUGGACCCCCUCCUCGCAAAGACAGGUAAUAAAGGCCCACCGCACCUGGACUCCUGCUCACUCCGGAAGCACAGGCGACCCUGCGUUGUCCUGGCCGUCAUAGGUCCACGUCUGGUUGGGCUUGAACUUCAUCACAACUCCUGGCGAGAGAGUCGGGGCACAGGGGCACCUGGCGAGGUGGUGGGUGAGGUGGCGGCAUGGGGAGGGCAGCGAGGAGGAUAGCCCUAGAGCGAGCGGCCGCUCCAGCGUGGUAGAGGACCCAUUCACGGUUCACUGGGGCUCAACGCGGUGGAGGACGCAAACCAGGUCACUGGGGCUCCGAGGCGGUGGAGGACGCAAUCGCGGGUCACUGGGGCUCAAUGCCGUGGAGGACGCAAACCCGGUCACUGGGGCUCCGAGGCGGUGGAGGACGCAAUUGUGGGUCACUGGGGCUCAACGCGGUGGAGGACGCAAGCCAGAUCACUUGGGGCUCAGUAGUAUGAGUCCCUUGAAGGAGCUGCUCCAAAAAUUGCGGGUUUUCCCCACAGAUAACCAUCCACAAACCACGACCGUGCCGCCCUUCUAUCAGGAUAGCGCCGCUGACUCCAGCAGACUCCGGGGACGGUGGCCACCAACACUGGAGCGAUUCUUUUUUAGUAACCCGUCUUUCCCCUCCACACUCCACAGGCAUCUUUCUGUGAUCAUUCAAGCAACUCUUCCUCAUGCUUCUCAUGCCUGCUUAUCUGUAGCAGGUGCUGCCUUCCUAUC